AGUCUUGGCGCGGACAAACCCUACAAAACCCUACCCUUUCAUUUGAUCGCCUUCUUCCCUUUUCUAUGCUCAGGAAACCCUAAUUCUGCUUCAGUAACCAGUAUCACAACAGCUACAAAGGAGAUGGGCCAAGAAGCGAAGGCCAUAGUUCCAGAGUCGGUCUUGAAAAAAGCAAAGAGAAAUGAAGAGUGGUCUUUGGCCAGUAAGCAAGAACUUGAGGCAGCAAAGAAGAAGAGAGCCGAGACUAGGAAACUGAUUUACAACCGUGCUAAAUCGUACUCAAAGGAAUAUGAGGAGCAGGAAAAAGAGCUCAUUAGGCUGAAGCGUGAAGCAAGGUUGAAGGGAGGAUUUUACGUUGACCCUGAGGCAAAGCUUUUGUUCAUUAUUCGUAUCCGUGGUAUCAAUGCCAUUGACCCUAAGACGAGAAAGAUUUUGCAGCUUUUGAGACUGAGACAGAUAUUCAAUGGUGUAUUUCUGAAAGUCAACAAAGCAACACUGAAUAUGCUUCACAGGGUUGAGCCUUACGUGACUUAUGGUUAUCCCAAUCUCAAGAGUGUGAAAGAACUCAUCUACAAGAGAGGCUUUGGGAAACUAAACAAGCAGAGAACUGCUUUGACAGACAACUCAAUCGUCGAACAGGCCCUAGGUAAACAUGGAAUUUUGAGCGUUGAAGAUCUUAUUCACGAGAUCAUGACGGUUGGACCUCAUUUUAAAGAGGCAAACAACUUCUUGUGGCCUUUCAAGCUCAAGGCGCCAUUGGGUGGUUUGAAGAAGAAGAGGAACCACUAUGUUGAAGGAGGAGAUGCUGGAAAUCGUGAAAAUUAUAUCAAUGAGCUUAUCAGAAGAAUGAACUAAUUUCUUCUUCUUUUUCUUUUUUUGCUAUGGAGGGAGAAAGUUAGUAGAGGCUUCUAAUUUUGUCCUUGUUUGAUGGGAUAAUUUGAAGCGAAAUUUCAUUGCUCUCAUAUCAUCUGAACUUUUCUAUACUUGAUCGUCAAGCUUAUCAUUGUUUGUUAGUUGUUUGGAGGACGUGGAUCAAUUUCUUGAAAAUUUUGUUUCCUUUGUUAAAGUUUUUAAAAGAUGUCAAUGGGGGAUUUCUUGGAAUUAGACAAGUUACAUUAUUUAUA